CCAACUGUCGACUCCGAUUUGCAGUGUAUUAUCUUCUGACAGCGUUUGCUUUAUCCAGGAUGGCGUUAGACGAAGAAACAUACAGACUCCUGCUCGUCAAUGCCUUGACAGAGGGCGCUUUGGAAGAGAUGAUGGAAGACCCUGAAUAUUUCGACAGUAACACUGAGGAAUUCCUUGGAGACCUUAACUGCACGGACGCGUUGGGAAAUACUGCUCUUCACCUUGCCGUACGUCAAGGGCAUGCGGCUGAUGUAGCGGCUCUCUGCGGUGGGGCUGUCGACCUUGACAUCCACAACAAGAAUGGAGAUGCACCACUUUAUAUCGCUUUGAAGGAGAUUGACGAUGCUGAGGCACGUUUUGAGAUCGUCAAGGAACUACUAAGUUGCGGUGCGGAGUGUAAACAAAAGCCGAUUUCCUUUAGAAAAGGAAUUACACGAGACUAUCGCAAAUCCUCCACGCGAUGACGAGGAGGAUGAAUUACAACCAGAACAAAUGAGAAAGCAAAUGUAUGAUAGCAGCGACUUUGCGGA